UCCCCUGAAGAGAGGUAUCAUAUAGGUGGCGCGCAAUGCUUAUCGAUCAGCUGCAGCAGAUGACGAAAGUGGAAGAGGGCCGGUGAUUCGGGUAAUGUCAAACAACGGAUUAUCUCGGGGAAUGGCAGGAAAAUCUUCUCUUGACAACGUUACAAAGAGGAACAUGGCAGAGGAAAGCAAACAGACUGAUAAAGUAGACGGCUAUGGGUUUGAGCGAGACGGAGACUUUGACCAUUCCUCCUAUGACGAGUUUAUGUCCAGAUACCUGGCCGUACUUGCUCGUAGAUCAUCCAGGUGGUCGGACGUCAUCAGCAAGAAAAACAGGGUCUCCAAAUCCCGGAAAGUAAAGCGAUACUGCAGGAAGGGCAUCCCCAAUGAGCACCGUCCAAUGGUAUGGAUGUGUGUCAGCGGUGCCCUGGAGAGCAUGAAUUCCAAUCCUCGUCUGUACCAGACCAUCCUGAAAAGCCAGCAUGAUGACUCCACUGUGGAGGCCAUCACUAUAGAUCUCCACAGAACUUUCCCCGACAACAUAUACUUCAGCGCAAAUGGCAAUCUGAGGGGGCCGUUGUUUAACGUUCUUAUAGCUCUCUCCCACAAAAACAGCGACCAGGGCUACUGUCAGGGCAUUAACUUUGUUGCUGGUUUACUUCUUUUGAUUGUGAAAAAUGAGGAGAAAGUCUUCUGGUUGCUGGACACGCUGAUGAAUGACAUUCUACCAGAUUUCUAUGCUCCUGACAUGAAAGCCACUCAGGCAGAACAGGAACUUUUAGGAGAGAUAAUCAAAUGGAAGGCCCCGGAGAUACACGCACACCUUAAGAGUAUGGACAUACAGUGGUGCCUGGUCGCCACUAAGUGGUUCCUCUGUCUCUUCGCCGAUGUCAUGCCAGUCGAGACGACGUUAAGGAUCUGGGACUGUUUGUUCUACGAGGGAGACAAGAUUCUGUUAAGAGUGGCUGCAAUGUUGAUUAUACAAAACAAGGAACAGUUUCUGGCCUGUCGAAAUUUUACAGAGACGAUGGACUUCUUCAAACAAAUCGUUAAUAACCCAAAGAUUAUUGAUUGUCAUGUCUUUUUACAGAAGUGCUUUACAGAAAUCGGACCAUUUCCAAGGGCAAAGAUAAAAGCUCUGAGAACGGAGUGCAUGCAGAGAGUAAAAUGAUAAAUGGCGCGUCGGUAAUGUUACGGUAGAAUUAUUAAUUGUAUAUUAAUGUUAUGUCAGUAAUGUUAUGAUAGAAUUCUUAACUGUUAAUCCUAAAUGUGAUACAUGUACAACCAAGAUCUCUGCUUCACUUUAAUAUUGGUGAUCAGUGUUUAACAUUUGCUGUCAUUAUGUUUGUUUUGAAUACAAUAUUACAAAGUGCUGUUUGAUUUUAUGUUUAAUUUCUUUAGACUAUGUUUUUUGCAAUUUUUUCGCAUUUUUUGUUGUUGAGCUUAUAGACAUAAUUAAAAUAUAAUGCCAAGCAUAAAUUGUCAUUAAGAAAAUCAUUCCAGCAAGUUUUUUAAAAAGGGUUUGAUACCUUGAUCGUUUUUCAUGCCAGUAUAAAUAUGAUGGUAUGCUGCAUCUCGGAUCAUUUUUUAGUCGAACUUUAAAGAUUUUUAACGAUAAUUUAUAUCGGACGUAAGUCAAACUUCGUUAUCGCGAACUCAGAUUACUCAAAGACUCUGCUUAACUUGAAGUAAAAAUUCAGUUCUGACAGCCAAUAAUGCUGCAUGAAAUAUACUCCGCUACCUCAAAUACAAAUAUGUACUCGGGAUAUCUCACGUUUUUUUUCACAAACUCUCUGACUUCAAGAUAACGAGGUUUGACUGUAGUUUUGAUAAAUUUUAAAAGAUAUGUAUCAUCAUGUAACAUUGUGUAUUUUGUAUGUCAGCUUAUAACACAAUAUCGAAUGAAAGCAUUGAGGAAACUGCAUGAGAAGCCAAUAUCCAGAACUGAAAAUAUGAGAAAGUCAGGGAUGUGCGGUAUUUUAAUGAAAUUCCGUUGAACCAUAUUAUCGAUUGCAUUUUAUUAUAGUGAUAAUAUAUUACAUGCUUGCUAAGAUGUUGUUUUUGUGAUAUUUAGGUUUACAUUUGUAAGAUAUCUGUUAGGGAUAUUUCAUAUACAUUUCAUAUAAUUUUAAAGGUCAUUCCAUUUAAUAUGUACAACGAAUGUGAAACAGCGUAUACACCAUAAUCAUUUACGCAGAGAUGUAUCGACUAUGUUAAAUCAUGUUGCCAUAUGUUAUUCUGAAAUACUCAGUGAGAAACACGUCAGAUUUCGUUGCAUAUCUUUAUCAAAGUAGAUAUUUAGAGAAAAGAUCAUGCCUGUAUUUUUGUUAAUUGUGUUGCCAUGUUCCAUCUAGUCAUUCCAAUAGUAUAUAAUUAUUUAGAUUGUUUUAUGAUUUAAUAGAAGUUUUUUGAAUGUUUAAUUAGUGUUGGCCAUAAUUGCCUCUUACAGAUUUUGUCCAGUAACCAUGUACCUUGUAACAUGGAUGUGUUAAUUGGCAUACCGCGGUGUAUAACUUAAUAUUAUUUUUAAAAUCUUAACUUUUCAAAUGUUUUUGCCAAUAUCCAUGUUUUACAUUAAUUGUUUUUAAAAACAUAUUUGAUUACAUAUCCAUGAAAAUGAACAAAUUAAUGUUCAAAUCCAUAAAAAUGAACAAAUUUAUGUUAAAAUCCAUAAAAAUGAACAAAUUAAUGUUCAAAUCCAUAUAAAUGAACAAAUUAAUGUUCAAAUCCGUAAAAAUGAACAAAUUAAUGUUCAAAUCCAUAUAAAUGAACAAAUGAAUGUUCAAAUCCACAAACAUUUAGGUGAAAGCAGGCUUUGUUCUAUAGAUACAUAUCUUAACCAUAUAUUGAGAAAGUUUUUUUUAUUAUCUAACUUGUUAACCUUUCUAAUCAGACUCAGAUAUUCCAUAAAAAUGAACAAAUUUAUUUUAAAUUCAUAAAAAUGAAAAAUUAAUAUUCAUAUCCAUAUAAAUGAUCAAAUUAAUGUUCAAAUCCAUUAAAAUGAACAAAUUAAUGUUCAAAUCUAUUAAAAUGAACAAAUUUAUGUUCAAAUCCAUAAAAAUGAACAAACUUGUGUUCAAAACAUUUAGGUGAAAGCAGGCUUUGUUCUAUAGAUACAUAUCUUAACUAUAUAUUGAGGAAGUUUUUUUUGUUUGUUUGUUUUAUUUAACUUGUUAACCUGUAAAAUCAGACUCCAAUAUCUGUCAUCCUGUCGUGUUUGACACAAUAUCUCUAGUCCCCUUAUAAAAACCAUGAGAUAAGUCCUUUUAAUUCUAACAUCCUGUGUAACAAAACGUUGAUCUCUCAAGUGUUGAAAUAGACACAAUAUACUGUCCUAAUAAACAAAAUAUGCUACAUAUGUGAUUGUGGAAAUCCAAUGAAUUUAUCAAUUUUGUAUGUUAAUUAUACUUUUAUUUGUUUUUUGUUUUUUUGUUUUUUUGUUGAAAUAAUAAUCAGAGUCCCAUUAAUUACAACCUCCAACUGUUGAAUAAUUAAUUACUAACUGGUGUCAGGGAGAUGGUUGAAAACGUGAAAUGACUGUUUGUGUUGUAUGAACAUUAUCCUCAUGUUUUUGACAAAAAAAAUGUGUUGAAAAUAUUUAACUGUCUCUAAACAUCAGUUGUGAAAGCAAUUAAUUCAACAGAUUUUAGGACAAUUCCUGGGAGUCUAUUGUAAAUUGAAUGUUUCACUUUUGAACAAUUUUUCAGCCCAUAUUGUAAAGUGAAAUCUUUUGGCAUAGGUUAAAAUAGCAAAAACCUGGUACAAGUAUACAAUGUACCUGCAGCUUCCCUACAAAAUAAAACUGGCUACAGUUGAUAUCAAGGUA